AUGCCUCAGCCUCAGCAGUUUGAUCGUGAUGCGGUCUUGACCAACCCCUCGCUCAGUGAGGUUUACCAAAAGUUGGUGAGCGUGGCCAGCGAGUUUGCUGUGUUGGGCGAAAUUGAAACCACCAGAACAUUGGUCUCGCUUCUACUUCAAGACACUACUUUGGAUUGGCAACGCCAGCAGCUUAAAAUCUUCGAACCCUUCUUCGCAGCGGCCGGCCUAUGGCCUGCUGAGAUUCCAGAGGAGGAUAGAAUCACGAAGACGGCUAGCAAGACUACUGCUAAACAUUCGUUAGACGAUGAAGAAAAUGGGAGACAGAAAGACGACGAGAAGAAGUUACAGGAACAGAUGAAAGAAGCCAGGGAUGAGGGCAGCUCUGUCGCUGUUGAUGCUCUUUGCACUGCCACAAGGCUGGCGUCAAAGCACACCGAAGAUUUGCAGGAGAUCAAGAGCGAUUCUAGAGUUCAAGAAGCCCUUGAGAUCAUCUCCAAGAAUCUGCACAGAAGCCGUAUGAUCAAAUCGCUCGUAGCCCAUCACGAGCUUUGCGGAAUUCUCUCCGCUGGAGAAUUGGCCCAAAAGGUUCCUGUCGACAAGGCGAAACUCGAAGCCGCUGGCAAAGAAGUCAUCGCAACAUUCUCUGAGCGCUUUACUAAAGGCCGCAAAAAGCACGAUAUAGAAUCAAAGCCAAUGAAAGAAGUUCUCUUGGAACUGGAGCGUUACACGAAAGCUAAUGGCACAAGCCAUUGGGAUGAAAUGGAAGAACCAGUGCCCGAAACACUAUUUGUGUUGCCACCAGCUACGGAUGAGCAGAUCUCAUCGCUUGAGAAAAAACUCGAUAUCACGUUACCGGACGACUACAAAGACUUUCUCAAGAUCAGCAAUGGCUUUGGUGGGACUUGGAACGGGUAUCAUCCUGACAAUCCCCUGUAUGGAGUUGACGACGUCAGCUGGGCUAGUGAAAGCUUAGAAGUACCGUAUGUCGAGCUCCACGACAGUAUCUCAGGCGUUAUUGCGCUUAGGAUAAACGACAUGUCAAAGCCUGAUUGGCCGAGCUCCGGACGAACAGUCGAGAUUGGAUCUUUCGACGUCCUCAGGACUCUCCUUAUUCCUCCCAAAAAUACAAAGGUGAUCUUGGAUGCUUAUCAGGAGGCUCUGGAUGACCCAAGGAACACGGAUGACGCGAAGAAGCAAACACUGAAGAGCAUUGAAGCUAGGUAUGGCAGUUUGGAGGAGAUGAAAAAACUUGAUUGGGCAGUGAUUGAACAACAUGACUCCGAGACGCUUCCUUCCGGGACAUUCAGGCAGUGUUUGGAAGAGAGACUGUGGAGGGCCAAGCGUGGACCCUACCUGUACGGCACCGAAAAAGAACUAGGAGGUAUUGCCUACAGCUGCAAGGCUAAUGAUGCUUGA